AUGCCUGGCACCCAGAUGCUGGACAGAGCGCUCAGCCUGGUGACGAUCUGGGACGGGAUGGUGCGGCAGGCCCUGGCGGAGGUCCUGGCGGCGUUCCUGCUGAUGCUUCUCGGCUUGGGCAGCGUGGCCCAGGCGGUGCUGGGAAAGAAGAACUUCGGGGAGUACCUGAGCAUCAGCCUUGGCUUCGGAUUCAGAGUCAUGCUGGGCAUCCAUGCUGCUGGCGGAGUCUCAGGGGCCCACAUGAAGGCAUCCAUCACGUUCGCCAACCGCGUCACUGGAAGGCUCCCCUGGCGCCACGUGAUCGGCCAGUUCCUGGGAUCCUUCACGGCUUCCUCUGCUGUUUUUGGGGGCAACCUGACAGCGACUGGGCCGACGGCCACGGGGGGCAUCUUUGCCACUCACGCAGCCCCGUACGUGUCAGUGCGCGAGUUCGUUGCGGCCAGUGUGCUCCCGAUUGGCGUCCUUGCCACCGACGGCGCGAGGAGCGCGGCUGCCCUUCUGGGCACGGGGGCCUUCGUCACGGGGCUGCUGGUGGCAGCGAUCGGCAUCAUGGGCACGGCCACCGGCUACGCCAUCAAUCCUUCCCGGGACCUGCUGCCGAGGAUCUUCACUGCCGUCGCUGGAUGGGGGGUGGACGUCUUCAGAGCAGGAAGUCACUGGUGGUGGGUGCCAGUCGUUGCGCCGACACUGGGAAGCCUUGCUAGAAUCUUUAUCUAUAGUGUCCUGAUCAACCUUCACAAUCACUCUCGGGCGGCGAUGGAGGCCGGGGGGACCUCAGAGGCCAAGCUGUGA